GCCGCCAUCCGUCACCGCCGCCAUCCGUCACCGCCUCGCAGCACCGCCGCCAUGUUCCGGGGCCGCCGGGCCUGGUUCUCCCAGAGCGUCAGCCCAGGCCUGCAGGAGCUGUGGGAGGCCGAGGGGGGGGCACUGGCCCGGCGCCGGGAUGCCGAUUUCCUCUUCAGCAGCGACGCGGCCCACGCGGACACGCGGAGAAUACAUGAGAGCCUAGAUUACUUACACGGUAGAGCUACAGUUUUUCAUUCUUGUUAUCUCUCCGCAUGGGCAAGUACCAGCUCAGAAAUGAAACAGUCAGUAGUUCUGGGUCACUUCAUUCUGCCUCCUGCCUGCUUGCAAGAAGAAAUCAGAAGAAAAAUUGGUAAUUUUAUUUGGGAGCAGAUGGAUGAUUUCCUUGCGAAACAGUACAGUGAAAGUCUACUUCAGGAACCAGAGACUGGGAGUGAGCAGCAAGCAGAAGAUGCGCUAGAGCCAUCUGAAAGCAGUGAAGAAAAAACAGAUUCAACAACCCAAGGGGAAUUUUCAUACCAUGCACUUCAGGAAUAUCCAGUGAAUAACAUGGUGACAGGCUACGCCUCUGCUCGUGACAUGAAGAAAUAUGUUGGAGAGCUACGUGAUUUCAUUCCUGGCACCUCAGGUUACACAGCGUAUUGGAUUCAAAGCGAAAUUAACCUUUAUUCUGAUGUGAAAAAUAAGUUGAAAAGAAAAUGAUAAGUAACAGGUGGCUGGUUCCCAACAAAAGCUUGCAUUAAGCU